CUGACAGGCCGGUGAUCGACAGCAGAUAUUAACGGAGGCUGUGUGAUUAAGAAUGUCUCAUUACGCCACAUUUUCUGUUUUUCAUGAGUAGCGUACAUGGCGGAUUAUGGUGUAAAUGCGCACGUCUGACUCAGAGUGUCCAUUGUGCUCGGUCUCUGCACUGAGGUGGACAGGAGGACUUCACGACUCUCCACCUGAACCUGCGCAAAAACCAUGAGCAAUCCGCCGAGCCCUUCUCCAGCCCGAUGGUUCAAAGCGCUGCGAAGGACCAGGCUGGGGGAGCCCUGUCUGAAGACGUACCCUCUUGAGUGUGAGGAUCUGCUGAAGAGGGCAAGGGUCGCUUUUCAAGCCGGACGCACCCUGAAGGAUUUCUUCAGACUGGCUCAGCUGGAGGCUGUGGUGCGGAUGCUAGAGGAACAUGAGUGUGACUUUGUUGAUGCUCUUGGAAGGGACCUUCAUAAGCCAAGGUUUGAGACAGUUGUGUCAGAACUGAUUCUCGUCAAGAAUGAGGUACUUCAUGCCAUCAACAACCUGAAGAAGUGGAUGCAGCCACAGCAUGUGGAAAGAAACCUGUCCACCACCUUGGAUGAGUGUCUGAUGGUUAGUGAGCCGCUGGGGGUGGUGUUUAUCAUGGGGACAUGGUACAGUCCUGUACAAACGUGUCUGGUGCCACUGGUAGGGGCCAUUGCAGCAGGAAACUGUACAAUCAUCAGCCCUCAUGAGUACACGGCUCAUACAGCAGAGCUCCUUCAUCGUCUCAUUCCCUUUUACUUGGACAAUGAAUGCUUCCAUGUGAUUCUUGCAGGCACAAUUGACUUGCCUGAAGUUGUGGAACUAAAAUUUGACCAUGUCUUCUUUACAGGCAACAGGGAGGAGGGAGGCAGAAUUGCUCAGGCUGCAGCUCGCACACUCACACCCGUCACCCUGAUUUUGGGUGGGAAGAACCCUUGUUAUGUGGACCAACACUGUGACAUUGCCACCACCGCACAGCGCAUAGCCUGGGCACGUUUUCACAAUGCUGGACAGAGCUUAGCGGCCCCUGACUACAUCCUGUGCCACACGGAUGUCCAAGCACAGCUGGUACAAGCCCUGAAGUGCUGCCUGAUGCAGUUCUACGGACCUGAUCCCAGAGAGUCUCGCAGUUAUGGCCGCAUGGUCAAUCUUGAGAUCUUUAACCGUACGAGAGACAUGCUGUGGAGAUCUGGCAAGGUGGCUGUUGGUGGGAAAGUGAUAGAAGGAGAAAAAUAUAUCGCCCCGACAAUUUUGACAGAGGUAGUAGAAUCAGAUCCCAUCAUGCAACAGGAAGUUUGUGGACCAGUUCUUCCUGUUUUGACUGUGAACAAUAUUGAUGACGCAAUUGCCUUCAUUAAUAAGCAAGAGAAACCCCUCUGUGUGUAUGCAUACUCCAGCAACAGCAAGGUCAUCUCGAGGCUAAUGAGUGAGACCUCUAGUGGAAGCUUUUGCUCCAAUGACAGCGUCCUGCAGAGUCUGAUGGUGGCUCUGCCUUUCGGUGGAGUUGGUGCCAGUGGAAUGGGCUCCUACCAUGGCCGCUGCAGCUUUGAUACCUUCUCUCACAGGAAAUCAUGCUUGCUAAGAGGCACACGCUUUGAGUGUGUGACCUAUCUGCGUUAUCCGCCCUAUGAGGACCGCAAUCUGUCUCUAAUGACAUGGGCCAGCGCCCUGUCCCAGAGGAGCCAGGGCUGGUGCCAGAUACUGUGACUCAACAAAGCCAUAAUGGAGGAAAGCCGAGUGCCCCUUAAGUCCUGACAUGCAAACAUAUUGUUAGUAUAUUACAAAAAAGAU